AUGAGCAGUACCACUUCGUGGGCCUCACUUCCAGCUGAAAUACGCGAGGCGAUACUGAGCCAGGUAGGCUUGCCUAUCCUUUGGAAGCGAAAUAGCGACCAGCGCCCUCCAAAGGUGGCCCGUUUUGCUUCUGUAUGCCGGCAAUGGCAGGUUUUCUUCGAGGCUUGCACGUUUCGACGUCUUGUUCUUAAUACCGGCUCUCUCAGAUAUUUCAAUAAGAUCAUCAAACGAGAUUCUACUCGUUUGAGAUACAUGAGGAAUAUUUGGCUGCGCAUCCGGCUCCCCGAAUAUACGUGUCCCAAUUGCGAGGUACCAGAGGAUAAGUUCACGCAGCAGUGUAACAAUGUGGUGUUCACAGAUAGCAUCCAGUGCCUGCUGAACACUCUCAAACUCUGGGAUCCCGAUAGGCAUGGCGCGGAGGGACUGGCACUGAUGGUGUCCGCUUCGUCACCCAGUGAUACCACGCAUCGAUUUAUCAUAGGGGACAUGCGAAAGAGGUAUCCAUUCCACCCCGCUGAAGAUCGAGAUGUUCCGCCCGGUAUCACUGAUGUCCACCGAUCUUACCAUACCCGUUCAUUCACCUUUUAUUGCCAUUAUGGUGACCUCGUCUCGGAGCUUGGCGGGCAUAUCAAAAGGAUGCAGGGGACUCCGCUCCGUUUUGAGCCCCUCAUGAAUGAGACCGACGGCGCCAACGGCGAAUACAAGAACCUCCCUGCCGUGCCUAUGAUUAAAGGUCUGGUUAUGCGCAGGCAGAAUCGGAGGGAGAUUGACAUGAGGUCGCUGUCUUGUCUACUCAGCCGAAGUCUUGUGUCGUUGGAGUGGUUCCGCCUCGAAAGAACCGUUCACCCCGACAUAACUGAGCAAGUUUCUUUUGAACUAGGCUUCCAAACACACUUGCUGCCUUCUCUGCCGAAAACAUUGCGUCAAUUCUCCUUUGUCCAAUGGAAGAUCCCCCCACGUGAGCGUCGUGACGUUCUACGGACAGUAGGGACAAUAGUAUCUCCGUAUUCUCUAGGCUACUUACCUCGGGAGAUGGCAAAGCUGUCUCAACGACUGGAACAGUUCUGCCCGCCAUGGCAAAUGGAUACAGCCGCCUUCCUGAAGUCUAUGAUUGAACUUGAAGCGUCACCUAGGAGAGUUGACAGCUCUCUAAAGCGCUUGAUCCUGCGCUUUGUGCCCACCAAGUCAGAAACAAGCAGGCAAGAUUUCGAGUCAGUGGUAAUCCUCGCAGCUGAAGCAGCUCUAUCGCUUCCCCAACUGGAAGUCAUUGAGCUUUGGGGUACUCGCCUUGACAAAGAGAAAGACUGCGAUGCAUACAUCUUCCGAUAUGUCAAUAGACCCGGCGGAGCCAGUAUCGUGUGGAGGAGUUCCGAAAAUAUCACGUCUAUCCAACCGCGGAUCAUCACCAAGUGGAACGAGGUGGCCCAGAAGCACACGCACUCAGCCGUCGAGUAUAGUGUAGUCCCCUUUUCGGAGACGCGGGACGAAAUUUUCAACUCCGGUGGAACCUUCAUCUAUCAGCAUCUUCUGCUCAAAGAGUUGGCGUUUGAUCGAAUUACGCAGAUCAUCCUCGAGAACGAGGAUUUUUACUGGGACUGGGGCGAGGCAAGCGAUGCAUCCCUGGAACGUGAUCCCAGACUCCAAUACCUCGCAGAUAUAACAGCUGAAGACCUCGCCGCAUGUCUCGAGGCUAUUGAUGACGACUGA